CCUCGCAAUGAACUUCCUUGCAUCAACUCUACCGGACGAAAAACAUUCCAUUGUGGAAGAAGCAUCGUGAUCGACUCCACACCUAAAAUGACAAGCGAUCAGUUCCCAAAGCUUAUGCCGGCAACGUACAGAUGGCAAACGUCUAAAACAAACUCGCGCACUAUUGAACGUCGCGCGAUUGGAACGGAGGCAUGGGUGGGCAUCAAGGACGAGAACUACAAAGGUCAAUAUGACCUUUUUCUGAACACGACGCUAAGGGUGCAAGUCGAAUCAACUAAAACACCGUUAUCGCUCGCAUCUCUUAAGAAAGCGGUUACGACAGUUCUAGUAGAGCUCCGCUUUGAGCAUCCAGAAAGCGCUGGUACAGCGGUUUGGGAUGACCAAGGCCCGUUGCUCCAAUACACGCCACCGGAAAGCGCCGAGGAUGCCCUUUCCUGGGCCGAAGCCGCGAUUGAGCUCUGGUUCACUGUUAAAACUGGCUUUGAAGUACGAAAAGAGAUUGGUAGACGACGAAAGGAACCUGGUAGUGUUUUCUCCGGUCACGCAAAGUCUCUUACGGUACACCUUGUCGCGGAUGUUCCAUCGGAACAUGCUCCACUAGUUCCUGGUGCAACUGUCGAUGUUCUAAUGCAUAUGAAUCAUAUUUUCUGGGAUGGUAUCAGCGCGAGGAUGUUCGUCGGGAGUCUGUUGCGGAAACUUCAGACAGAGCUAAGCGACAAUCAAAAACCCAAGCAAUUGGACUGGGGAAGAGAGACCAAAAACAUCAGCCAACCGAUCUUGGACGCAGCAAAAGUAGACGUAACUUCACUAGGCAAAGAUUUUGAGGAUGCACGUGAAGAAUUCCUCCAAAGUCUGAUGGCUUUUGCAAAUAGCUGGGCUAUGGAUCUGAAAGUGGAUGUUGGAGCACCUAGCACUGAAUUCCGAACUUUCACCGCUGCGGAAAGUCGAGCUAUAAUUCAAGCUGUCAAAGCUCGUCUCGGCCCUGGCUAUACAAUCUCGCACCUUGGACAGGCAGCCACUGCUCUUGCAUUGCUCAAGGCCAACCCGAUACCGGAAGAUGUAUCAGGUAUUCCGUCCAUCAUCAUGCCACUUCCCGUUAACGGGCGUCGUUUCCUGAAGGAUGAGUACGUGCAGGGUCAGUAUGGCGCCUGUCAGGCUGGUGCUGUGGUGCAAUUCCGCGAUGCCAGAUCUUUUCUGGUUGAUGAUGACGAGAAAAGCGCUGUCAUCUCGAUGCUGGCAAAGGGAUGUAGAAUCUCAAAAGAGCAGUAUGACUAUUGGCUCAGCAAGCCCUUUCAGAUGGCGGUCAAUAUCUCCAAGGAUAACUUUCUUGCUUCAUUCUUGAGCGCCAAUCCUCAGGAAGCAAGCUCGAAAGCUGUCCCGGUUUUCAUCAGCGAUGGGGUGAAUGAUCGCUUCAUUCCCGGCAACAUCAUUGACUCGACGACAAAUAAGACAAUCAUGACUGUUGAUAAUGUAGCCUUCUUCACAGAUUCUUAUAUGCCUGGAUUAUUGGUGCGAAUGGAGAGCUGGAAAGGUGUGACUUCGAUCGGACUUAGCUACAAUGACGGCACGUUCACAGCCGAGCAAGCUGUAACUUUGUUGAAGUACAUAAUGGGUUAUAUGCUCGUCUUUACCCAAUAGCAGUGAAGGAUUGAAUCCAACAGCUCCUAUUUCUUCACAACGAAGACAAAGUAUCAGUGUUAUCUAAAUGCCUCACAAUCGUAUGCUAAACAAC